GCGAGCGAGCGGGCGAGCAGCCGCAGUGGCAGUCGCGCCGCAGCCCCGGCUGGAUUAAGUUAUAUAAGCCCUCCCCCUGCCCGCUUGGCGAGAGGCGAGGGGAGGGGGCUGCCUUCCUUCCUUCCUUCCCUCAGCCUCUCUCCUCUGUCUUUGAUUGCCGCUCAGGUUGGCGUCGGGAGCGGGGCUGCGCCUGGCGUGAGGCCCAGGCCUCGGGCUUCGGACUCGGCCCUCGGGGUUGCCAUGGUGACGAGCGGGAGGCAGCAGCAGCAGCAUCAGCUUCGGUGGGGUUGCCAUCAUCCGUGAGAGAGAGAGAGAGAGAGAGAGAGGAGGCAGCCGAGAAGGAAGGAGGGAAAGCAGGCGGAGAGGCUUCUCCUCCUCCUCGGCCAUGGACGACGGCGGUGGCGGGCCCGAGCCCCCCGCGGUGGGCGAGCAGCAGCCUUCGGGGAAGCUGAACAAAACCGCCUUCAAGCUGUUCAAGCGGAGGAAAUCCGGCGGCGCCAUGCCAAGCAUCUUCGGCGUGAGGAGCAGCAAAGGCAAAGGCGACGGAGGAGGAGAGAAGGCAGCCGUGGCGUCGCCUGUGCCUGUUCCCGCGGGGGGCCUCGUGAGGAGCAAGACCCACGACGGCUUGGCCGAGGUGGGCCUGGAGGGCGCCCCCAAGGAGGAGGAGGAGAAGGAGGAGGCCUCGUCCCCGCCGCCGCCCUCCUCCUCGUCCUCUUCCUCAGCGGCGGUGGGCAAGUCGCACAGCUUCUUCUCCCUCCUGAGGAAAAACGGUGGUGGCGCCAAAGGAGAGAGGCCUAAAGGUCGAGGAGGAGGCGGAGGAGGAGGCCUCAAAGGCCUCUUCAACAGCAUGAGGUGGUCCAGGAGGGAGGCCCACAAGCCUGGAGGAGAGAAGGCCGACUAUGGAGGCACGCCAGGCCUCAUGCCAGGCUCCCUCACUGCCAGCUUGGAGUGCAUCAAAGAGGAUGCUCCCAAACAACCACCCCCACUGUCUCCAUCCUCUGGAGGAGGUUCGCCAAAGGCUUCUUCGGAUCUGCAGCUAGACUCUGAGGGAGACAAGGGUCCAGAGCUGGACGACACUUGGGAGCUGAUGCCCGCCUUGCUCAGCCCCCUAGGAGAGGACUUGCCUGGGAUGCUGGCCCAGGUGAAGAAGGGCAGCGGGCUGGAGUCGCCACCAUCGCCGCAGCCUCGAGAGAAGCCCCAGGAGGACGAGGAGGAAAAGGAGGUGACAUCCCCACCGAGCCCCGCCAUAACAGGAUGUGGGGACAUUAUUGCGGACCACGAGGAGGACGCAAGCAGCGGCGGAGGCAGUGGAGGAGGAGCGGAGAAGGGCACUCCCAGGCUCAGCAAAGCCGGGGCCGCCAAAAAGCCUCCCAAAAGCGUCGGCGGAGUGUUGAUGUACCAAGGAGGCGGAGAGGAGAUGGCCAGCCCCGAGCAAGUGGGGGACACCUGUGCCCCGGAGUUCUGGGAUGUGUUGUCACAGACUGAGGGGAAGGAAACGGCGAGAGGGAAGGAAUCCCCCAAGGCCUCCAAAGAGGUCAAUGGUGCCAAAAGCGUGCAGGACGGAGCCUCGGCUGGGCAGCAUGGAUCCACGGCCGGGCAGCACGUCGGUUUCAACCACAGCCACAAAGAAGACCAGAAAAGCAGAGACAAGGAGCAGCAGGAAGCCAUCCCCAGCGGCGACGAGGGCUAUUGGGAUUCCACGACACCCGGACCUGAGGAGGACACUACCAACAAUAUCCAGAAAGAGGUGAUUCCCAGGGAUAGCUACAGUGGGGAUGCUCUCUAUGAUCUCUACACGGAACCAGAGGAAAACACAACCGCCAUGACUUCAGCGGAAGACGUCACUGCUGGGACCUGUGGCAAGCCGCUGUCUCCGGUCACGACCACGUGUCCGGUCAAAACCCACACAACAUCGCUCAAGGACUCCAAGAUACCCAUCAGUAUCAAGCAUUUUACAUCACCGCACAGCAGCCAUGGCCCAGAUACCAGUAACAGCCAUCACAUUGCACACCCUCACCCAACCAAAAGUGAGAUCCCAAGAACAAAAAUCCCCGUUUCUAAAGUGCUCGUACAGCGGGCUGGUUACCGGAGCUUAGCAGGGACAACAGGUAAAGCAGCCACAUAUCAUGAAAGUGCCAAAAAAUAGAUCGAGGUUAUGAUGAUCACGCAAAUCUUUGCAGAAAAACAUUGUAGUAAGUGGUUUGGCAUCACCUAAAGGAAGAGAUUUAUCUACACGUGUCUUCUGUGAAUAUAAGGGACACGUGCUUCUGAAUUCCAUCUUCAUAUAUAGAGUAUAUAUGUGAUAUCCGGUUCUUUUGGGGCACUUUUUAAACAUUUGUAUCUUUCACCGAAGCACUAAACCACUUGGGAGACCACUUUUACAUGCCUUUUGUGGAAGCAGGACUUUGGGAAUAUAAUCAAUAAAGCAAACACGUGCCAUGAAUACUUCAGCAUGAAUGGAGCUAUAAGAGAGAGGACCAAAAGCUUUCCUGCAUAUAUGAUGGGUUUUUAAAAAAAUUACUUUUGUUUUAUUUUAAACAUUUUUGGCCUAUACUGAAAAAUGAUGCCUGCUCUAAUAAUGUGCAAAAAUGUCAAGCAAAAUAAUAAUGAUGAUUGGGUUGCUGUCAGUUUUCUGGGCUAUAUGGCCAUAUUCCUGAAGCAUUAUCUCCUGAUGUUUCAGUCACAUCUAUGGCAGGCAUCCUCAGAGGUUGUGAAGUUCAAACCUCACAACCUCUGAGAAUGCCUGCCAUAGAUGUGACUGAAACAUCAGGAGAGAAUGCUUCAGGAACAUGGCCAUACAACCCGGAAAACUCACAGCAACCCAGUGAUUCUGGCCAUGAAAGCCUUCGACAAUACAAUAAUAAUGAUAAUAAUAAAAGCAACAACAGUAAAACACCAGGUAGUUAAAGAGUAGUUGAGAUUUUUUAAAGAGUACUAUCAACCAGCAAGAAAUUCAACUGGUGAAAGGUAGUAGAGUAAUGAGUUAGGUGGAUUUCUAUAAUAAGAUAUAUUUUUGUUUGUCUGUUUGUGUUGGAUCCGCCCUAAUGUAAGUGGUUAAUGAAGACGUCUAGUAAACUCAGAUGUUUACACCAGUAUUUUUCAGAUGCAGAAAAUAAUCAGGUUCAAAGGAAUAAUUUUCCUAAACACCACUAUAGAGACAUCUAUAAAAUUUUAUGCAUUAAAUUGUUCUCCAUGUAUAAAUAGAUGCAUAUGUUAAUUUUAGUGCUACUGUUUUUUAUAUUAAAAUGUCUUUCUGUAUUUACUAGAGUUGAAGCAAAGUUAGUUUUUAUAGAUGGAUAAUUUUACAAUUCUAAAUGUAUGAACAUUCUUUAAAAGUAGAGCAGAAUUUUAUAUGGGCUCUAAUGCCACAAGAUAAACAACUCUUGUUAAUCUUAAAAAAGUGAUGCAUGCACAACUCCAAGGUUUAUCUAUCGUUUUGUAAACCCCAUGUUUUCAAGCAUAAAAUACAACACUUCCAUGCUUGAAAACAUGGGUUAUUGCCUAAGGCUGCACAACCAUUGAAUGUGUGUGUAUACACACACAUGCAAAUAUAUUCCAAGAGAUUAUUAAAUAUGUUUGGUGUAUUAAAA